AUGUCGACCUUUGUUGCCGCCGCCGCCUCCAACAACGACCUUCCGUCCGAAUCUCCCACUAGACCACUACGACGACUGAGCCAGCUUCGUGCCUAUACCCAGAACCACUUUUCCCCUCAACGUUCUUCAUCGGUCGCUCAGAGGCUUUCACGUCGUAACACUCUAGGUAGUCGGGUGUCUCGACUCUAUCCUACAUCAUUCGCCUCCACACGAUCCGAAACUUCUCCUUCCUCGGCUGUGGGGACUAGCAACAGCCCGGCUCCAUGCCCCGAGCCUGAACAGUCCACUCUUGCCCGCUAUAGCUCUACCAUUUUCCCAAGCUAUCGCGGAUUAGAAAUAGAGUUGCACCCCCAGGUUCACCCUCCCGAGUCAUCAAGCUCGACCCCUUCGAACGAUUCUUCUGGCGACCCGGAGGGAACGACCACAUCCGCUCCCGCAGGCCUCCAAAGCGGACUGUUGGACUCUCCUGAUCCCGUUACCACUGAAAAUUUUUCCUCGUCUCCCAGGCCCAGACAGAAGGCGACCAUUCGAUUCUUUCCCCACCAAGACCCUCACCAGAAUUCCCGACCGUCGUUGCCUUUUAUUCCUGUCUCACGAACCUUACCGUCGGAGAGCUGCGUGAUCCGUGUUGGGCGAUAUUCCGAGCGCGAUGGGCUUCCAGUGGCCAACCCGACCGACCCAUCGGACACCCCUGUUGGAUUUAAAUCGAAGGUAGUGAGUCGAAGGCAUUGCGAGUUCCUGUAUGUAAAUGGCCAGUGGCAUAUUAAAGACGUGGGAAGCUCUUCUGGGACAUUCUUGAACCAUAUGCGACUGAGUCAACCAAACAUGGUGUCGAGACUGUACACUAUAAAGGAUGGCGAUAUUGUGCAGCUUGGUAUCGAUUUUCGGGGAGGAGAAGAAAUGAUCUUCCGAUGCGUUCGCAUCCGGAUCGAGUGUAAUCGAUCCUGGCAGCAGCAACCUAAUGAAUUCAACAAAAACACCGAAAGCUUGAUUCGGAAUCUGGGAAAAGGAGAGACUGCGGAUUAUUCUGGUUGUCGCGAAUGCUCGAUAUGCCUGGGCUCGGUUCUGCGCCCCUAUCAGUGCUUGUUUAUGGCCGCUUGCGCCCAUGUGUGGCAUUAUAAAUGUGUCAUGCGUCUAAUUCACACUCCAGAUUACCCUAUGUUCCAAUGUCCCAACUGCCGCGCCUACACCGAUCUAAGCGCCGAGGUCGACGACUCGAAUGACAUUGAGGAGGAUGGCAAACAAAAAAGUUUAGGGCUGGAGGGGAAACAAUCGUCUUCAGAGGAGACUCAGACAGAAACACGCUCUCCGGUAGCAAGCAACCACGCCGCAAACCCUUCGCAGAGCUCCGUUGAUCACCAAACGAAUGACCUACCUUCAGAAGCAGGUCUUGCUGCCAACAUCGAGAGCAUGCGUUUACACGACCCUGAAAUACCAAGAGAGGCAGUUGAAGUGGCUCCUCGCUCAGAUCAUCCUCUUACUGCCUCCAAUGAAGAUAGAAUUGCCGCCAGCACUGACGUUCCCGGCUGGCAGGCUUUAGAUCAAUCAUCUAGUUCCCUCCAGUGCCGGCAAGUCCAGCUUCGCUCUGGCACGCCUGUUCGCUCUGAGUCUUCAGAGGAAAAUCUUCUGACACCAAGAAAUGAAUCUGGACCGUUGGUGUUCGAUGGACGGGCUGGCAUGUCGUAA